AAUCUUCUUCUGCCGUCUACUCGUCAGUCGUUACACACAAUCUUUCUCACCGUUCUUCUUCGCGGCACACUCGUAACAAUAACCCUAAAAAGAAAAAUCACUUCGUUUCAUCAACAUUUCCCAAUCCCCAAUCACCUAAUCUCCAAUUUAGAUCCUCACUGUUUCAACAGGAAAUUGAAUUGUCGUCAAGUUUCCCAUAACCCCUUUUUUUGUUUCAAAUUUUCCUUUUAGUAAUUGUUUUGAUUUUGUUUUUCUUUAACAGUUUCUUCAUUUGUUGUUUUGUUUCUGAAUUUUGGAUGUUUCUAAUCUGAUGAUGCUCGCUUUUGUGUGUUUACGGUGUAACUAGGGUUUUGAUACUCAUAAAAGUGAUUCAAGCCUCUGAGCCCUAAUUUACAAGGUACCAUUUUUGGAUAAAACUAAUACUCUGGAAGUUACAAGAUGUCGUCACCGUAUCCCAUUAUUGAUAAUCCGCCAAUUGAUCAGUUGAAGGUCACAGAGCUGAAAGAAGAGCUUAAGAGACGUAAGCUACCCAUUAAGGGGUUGAAGCAAGAGUUGGUAAGGCGAUUAGCUGAAGCAAUCCUCCAAGAACAGGAUGGUGCUCAGUCUAAGUCUGAGAACGAUAGUGAUUCCACGCCUGUGCCAGAGGAAGAGAUGGCUGAGCCCGUUGAUUCUGAGAAUCCCAAGGAUGAUUUUGAUGCUGGCAAUAUCACAGAUAAGAAUGCGGAUGAGAAAAUGAGCGAGGUUGAUGCAGCUGAAAACAGAGUGCAAUCGGAUGAAGGGAAAUUCUCAACUGAGGAGCCAGCUGGUGGUGCUAUUUCUACUAUGGUUGAAAAGGAUCCAAUAGACCAAUUUGGUGAUGCGAAAAGCAGUGCUCCAACCGAAGAGGACCAGAUAGCUGAGGUUAGUGUUGUGCAAACCAGUGAGCAUGUCAGUGUGAGUGUAGAGUCUGCCACAGCUUUAAGUGGACAGGACUCACUAAAAUAUGAAACCCAGAAUGAGAGUGGAGAUUUAAAAGAGCAGUUUGAGAAUCCCAUUUCAAAUUCUUCACUAUUGGAGGAAAAGGUCAGUUCAUCCAUUCUGGAAAGGCAGGUAUCUGAGGUCAGCCCUGUUUUAGGGUUCCAAGUAAAAUCUGAUUUUGUUUCCACUGAUGUCUCAAUUGGUGAUAAAACAGAACUGAAGGAUAACGUAAUAGCUAAUGAUGUCAAGUUAGAAUUAGAUGUUAAACCUGAGAUGGUGCAACUAUUGUCGAGCAGUAAUGUCCCUGAUGAUGCAAAAUUGCAUCCUAUGGAUAUAGAAGAACCACAUGACAAGAAAGUAUCUACAGAAGAACCAGGCAAGGAAAACGAUAAAUAUCCUGAAGUUAGUGUUGUGCAAACCAGUGAUCCUGUCAGAGUGAGUGUAGAGUCUGCCACAGCUUUAAGUGGACAAGACUCGCAAAAAUAUGAAAUCCAGAAUGAGAGCGGGGAUCUAAAAGAGCAGCGGGAGAAUCACAUUUCAAACUCUUCACUGGAUGAGGCAAAGGUCAGUUCAUCCAAUCUGGAAACUCUGGUAUCUGAGCUCAGCCCUAUUUUAGGGUUUCAAGUAAAAUCUGAUUCUGUUUCCCCUGAUAUCUCAAUUGAUGAAAAAAUAGAACUGAAGGAUAACGUAAUAGCUAAUGAUUUCAAGUUAGAAUUAGAUGUUAAACCUGAGAUGGUGCAGCUAUUGUCGAGCAGUGAUGUUCCUGAUGAUGCAAAAUUGCAUCCUAUGGAUGUAGAAGAACCACAUGACAAGAAAGUAUCUACAGAAGAGCCAGGCAACGAAAACGAUAAAUAUGUUGAUAUAAUGAAGACGGAUGGCAAUGGGGAUUCUGCAGAGAAGUUGCAACUAGACCGAAGUCCUGGUGAGGAUUCCAUGGAGGAGGAUGUUUCAGAGGGUAAAUUAGCUGAUUCUAAGUUGGACUCAGUGAAAGAAAUAGAUGGAAAGAAAGAAAUUGAAGUGGACACGAAUAGGGAGGUAGGAUUUGCUGCUUCUGCGGAUGAUGCUAGGUCAGCUGCCCAUAUAGAUACCAAUGUUGAAGAUGAUAGUCCCACUGUGCUGUCUAUGAAAAGAAAACUUCAUGAUCAAAGAACAGCAGCUGGGAGCAAUGAUAUUGUAAAGAGGCAGCGUAGAUGGAAUUCAGAAGAUCUUAAAAUUCCUGAGAACAAGAAAGGUGAUGCUGUGGCCUCAACUACCCCCAAGGAUUUUUUCCAGCCCUCUUUCAGACGUAGUUUCUCUAGAUCUGAUUCAAUGGCCAAAGAGGAACCACCAAAAGAAUGUGUGGUUCCCCCAUCAUCAAAAGUGCCUACUAAUUCUCUCUUGAUCGAAAAUUUUCUGCGGCCUUUCACCUUGAAAGCGGUGCAAGAGCUACUUAGCAAGACGGGUACUGUGACAAAUUUCUGGAUGGACGCUAUUAAAACCCACUGCUUUGUUUCUUUUUCAUCUGUAGAAGAAGCUAUAGAAACUCGAAAUGCUGUAUACAAUCUGCAAUGGCCUCCACAAGGAGGAAAGCUACUUGUUGCUGAGUUUGUUGAUCCCCAGGGAGUGAAAGAUAAGGUUGAAGCACCACCUCAAUCUCCUUCAACUCAUGCAACUCCUGUGACCACAAUCCCGGCUGCGGCCCUGCCUUCUGCCCAGCCCCAACCGUCACCAAGGCAACAGAUGCAGAACAAGCAACUUCAACCUGAGAAACUUCCACCACCUCCACUUCCUGAGAAACUCGACCCUCCAAUUGUCACUCUGGAUGAUCUCUUUAAAAAGACAAAGGCAACACCUCGCAUUUACUAUUUGCCCUUGUCUGAUGAACAAGUUGCAGAAAAGCUGAAGGCGCAAGGGAAGAUUAUCAAGCAGUAGAAUUAGGCUAUAAUUUAUCCUAAGCUCAUCUUCGGUUUCUCAUGGAUCAGUCUUACACUAUAAGAUAAUGGUAAGAGAGUAUCAUAUUAUUGCAUCUUUGCAGGUCUGCAGGUCUUGCACGUAGGAAGCUCUGGUUUGGUUGCAGGAGAAGCUAGUUCGAUGACAGUUGUCUUUUGCAAGUGUUACCUUGGCUCCGUGAUAGCUUUUCGUGCAAGGACAUUCUUAUAAAGCUCAUUGUGUUUCUUCACCGAAUCAGAUCCCUAGUUCUUGCGAGUUUAGAAUAUUUGCAUCUGUUGUCUCGUCGAAUGGAAAACCUUGCGGAGUUAUCUCUGGAACUAUAAUUACUGUGUAGUUUAGAGCAGAGCCUUGGUUUCUGGGGUGUACUUUGUUAGAGUGCAGUCCUUUUGAUAUAAUUUGCUCAGAUGUUGAUGAGGAUUCUUCUUGCUAUUCACUACCUAGGAGUCUGAAUUCCUCAAUUUGUCUACUUGUUAUCAAACAUGACGGACUAUCUAUUGGUCGGCAGUAAAACAAUCAACCUGAGUUUGGUUUUAGUGGA